CAGCCUGCCUUCCGGUUUCCGCGCCGCCGCAGGUGCUCCUGUCGAGCGCCGAGCCGCCGAUGGAGAUGGCGUCCGCGGCUGUGUGAGAAACCGUGGAGGCCCAGAGCCUGGGCGGAGACCUGGCCGGGCCUGCGAGCCCGCGGAAGCCCGACCGGGCUUCUCGUGUUCCAGAGAGGAAGCCCUGUCCACGGCCAUGAUGCCACUUCCCCAUCAUCUGUGUGCUGCUGGGUUAAGCUAAUGCUGCGGGAGCCUUGUUCCUUGUGGAGGAAUCAGGCUGACUCUUGACAUGAGGCCCCUGCAUUGUGGGGGUUGAGAGGGAUACUCCCAUGGCUUCUCUGGAUGACCCAGGGGAAGUGCGGGAAGGCUUCCUCUGCCCUUUGUGCCUGAAGGACCUGCAGUCAUUCUAUCAGCUCCAGACACAUUAUGAGGAAGAACACUCCGGAGAAGACCAUGAUGUCAAAGGGCAAAUUAAAAGUCUUGUUCAGAAGGCUAAAAAAGCAAAGAACAGGCUGUUAAAACGAGAAGGAGAUGACCGAGCAGAGUCAGGGGCCCAAGGAUAUGAGUCUUUCAGUUAUGGAGGGGUUGAUCCUUACAUGUGGGAACCCCAAGAGCUUGGUGCUGUGAGAAGCCAUCUUUCAGACUUUAAAAAACACCGAGCUGCCAGGAUUGACCACUAUGUUGUUGAAGUCAAUAAAUUAAUAAUCAGGUUGGAAAAGCUCACUGCAUUUGACAGAACGAAUGCUGAGUCAGCUAAGAUCCGAGCAAUAGAAAAGUCUGUGGUGCCUUGGGUCAACGACCAGGAUGUCCCUUUUUGUCCAGACUGUGGGAAUAAGUUUAGCAUCCGUAACCGCCGCCACCACUGCCGGCUCUGCGGGUCUAUAAUGUGCAAGAAAUGUAUGGAGCUCAUCAGCCUUCCCUUGGCAAAUAAGCUCACCAGUGCCAGCAAGGAUUCUCUGAGCUCCCAUACGAGCCCUAGCCAGUCACCCAACAGUGUCCAUGGCUCCCGCCGGGGCAGCAUCAGCAGUGUGAGCAGUGUGAGCUCCGUCCUGGAUGAGAAGGAUGAUGACCGGAUCCGCUGCUGUACCCAUUGCAAGGGCACGCUGCUCAAGAGAGAGCAGCAGAUUGACGAGAAGGAGCACAUCCCCGACAUUGUGAAGCUCUAUGAGAAACUACAGCUUUGCAUGGAGAAAGUUGACCAAAAAGCUCCUGAGUACAUCAGGAUGGCAGCAUCGUUAAAUGCUGGAGAGACAACCUAUAGGCUGGAACAUGCCAAUGACCUUCGGGUAGAAGUGCAGAAAGUGUACGAGCUAAUAGACGCUUUAAGUAAGAAGAUCUUAACCUUAGGCUUGAACCAGGACCCUCCACCACAUCCAAACACUUUGCGGCUGCAGAGGAUGAUCAGAUACUCGGCUACACUUUUUGUGCAGGAAAAGUUGCUUGGUUUGAUGUCACUGCCAACCCAAGAACAGUUUGAGGAACUAAAGAAAAGGAAGGAAGAGAUGGAAAGGAAGAAGAUGCUAGAGAAACAGGCUUCCCUGGAAUCCCAGCGAAGGCUUGAGGAAAGGCGGAGUGACCUGCCAUCUCGUGCCAAUGGGGAGGUGGUGUACCUUCGAAGGGGCUCUGCCCCCUUGAGAAAGGCUGAGGGCUGGCUCCCCCUAUCAGGAGGUCAGGGGCAGAGUGAAGACCUGGACCCCCUCCUCCAGCAGAUCCACAACAUCACAUCAUUUAUAAAGCAGGCCAAGGCCGCAGGCCGGACAGAUGAAGUGCGCACCCUGCAGGAGAACCUGCGGCAGUUGCAGGAUGAGUAUGACCAGCAGCAGACAGAGAAGGCCAUCGAGCUGUCCCGCAAGCAGGCCGAGGAGGAGGACCUGCAGCGGGAACAGCUGCAGAUGCUGUGUGAACGGGAGUGGGAGCGAGAAAGGGAGCAGUUCCAGGCGGCAUCCUUGCACACACGGACCCGGUCCCUGGACUUCCGAGAAAUCAGGCCUUUUCAGCUGGAGCCCAGCACAGAGCCUUGCACCCACCUUGCUCAUGCUUUGGAUCUGGGUUCUUCACCAGUUCAGAGCAGUGCAACUCCCAAGACCCCUUCACCCAGCUCUGCUCUUGAGCCUGUCAGAGUGUGGUCUGGGCCCCCAGCCCUUGGCCAGGAAUUCUUGCCCCCGAGCACCAUGUCACAGCAACGCGAGGUGCCCUCCCUAAAUCCCUUUGAAGAGGAAGACUCCGCUAGCCCUACAGCGGAGGGCUCUACCAGCCCUCGAGCUGCAGAGCCUUCCUGUGGCCCUCCGUCCCGCAUCCUCAAAGAGUACAAUCCUUUUGAGGAAGAGGAGGAAGAGGUGGCAGUGGCAGGGAAUCCCUUCACUAACUCAAACAGCCCAGCACCCAACCCCUUCAGUGAGGAGGAUGAGCGUCCUGUUCCUGGCAACCCCUUUGAGGAAGCCACCUGUACCAACCCCUUCGAGGUGGACAGUGACAGUGGGCCAGAGGGCGAGGAGCCCAUAGAGGAGGAGCUCCUCCUCCAGCAGAUCGAUAACAUCAAGGCGUACAUCUUUGAUGCCAAGCAGUGCGGUCGCCUGGAUGAGGUGGAGGUGCUGACAGAGAACCUGAGGGAGCUGAAGCGUACUCUGGCCAAACAGAAGGGGGGCUCUGACUGGCCACUGGGCAGAGAACUGACUUCGCAGGACAAAUGGCCACCCCAAAAUCUGGAAAGAGACGACUACAUAGAAAACGAAACAUUUCAGGAAGAGGGUGCUCUAAAGCGAAUCGGGACGUGCUCCCACCCCCAACCCCGUCUCAAAGCACCGACAGCCCAGGACUACAAGUUCCAGGCUACCCUGCGGCACCCGCGUUGGCUGCCGGGAGGAAUCUCCUGUGAGUCUGCGCGGGAAGUGGAAACUGCGCGAAGGAGCUGCGGUGGAAGGUCUGCCGGCGGCGGCGUCUGUUGCUCUGGUCACUCCUCGCCGCUCGCUUCGCGGCUCGACCAGCGCAGCCAUGCCCAUGAAAGGCCGCUUCCCGAUUCGCCGCACCCUGCAGUACCUGGGCCAGGGGGACGUGGUGUUCAAGGACACGGUGAAGGUCAUGACGGUGAAUUACAACACGCACGGGAAGCUGGGCGAAGGCGCCAGGAAAUUUGUGUUUUUCAACAUACCUCAAAUCCAAUACAAAAACCCUUGGGUGCAGAUCAUGAUGUUUAAGAACAUGACACCAUCACCCUUCCUUCGAUUCUAUUUAGAUACUGGUGAGCAGGUUCUCGUGGAUGUAGAGACCAAGAGCAAUAAAGAGAUCAUGGAGCACAUCAAAAAAAUCCUGGGGAAGAAUGAGUGAGUUGCUGGGGUUGACCUGGAGGGGAGCAGAGGUCUUAGCCCAGAGAUUUUGAGAGAGGAAAGGGACAGGUUCUCUGACUGUGAACCAGACACUCACCAGAGUGUGGGCUGGAGAGUCCGUUCCAUCUGACUUGGCUGUUCACCAGACGUGUAACAGUAAGUCAUCCAUCCCUCCUGGUCAGUGGGAAGCUGAGAUGCAGCUAAAAUACUUGCACUGUGUGGCCAGAAACAUACCCGUUUGGAGAUGGUAGGUGACCAACCCUGGGGCCUGCCGUGACACAUCCCUUUUCUCUCCAUGGAGGAAAGAAGGGAAGGGAAAGAAGCGGAAUAUCUUUGAGAAGGCACCUGGAGGCAUUUCCAGGCCCCUUUAUUCUGAUGGUCUCAUUUGUCAGAAAUGGGGCUGCCCCUCAGCUGUCUGAGGGCUGACUAUUCCUGUGCUGGCCUGGCGUGAGUGUGCUUUCCAAGUGCCUCCUGCCCUGGGCCUGACACUGCUCACAUACUGAAGGCCUUCCCUGUGGAGGGCAGGGAUAGGUUUGAGGAGUGAGAAGCGUGUUAGAAGACACAGGAGAUCCAAGUCUCCCCGGCUGAGGAUGGCGCCCACUCCGAGAAGUUCUGUGCUUCGCAGAGGCUCAGAGCACUGUUGCCAACACCUUGUUGCUGUCUGUGCUCUUUGGCAGGGAAACCCUCAAGCAAGAAGAGCAGGAGAAAAAGCAGCUUUCUCAUCCAGCCCACUUUGGACCUCGAAAGUAUUGCCUGCGGGAGUGCAUCUGUGAGGUGGAAGGGCAGGUGCCCUGCCCAGCCCUGGUGCCCUUACCCAAGGA